AUGCGUCUGCACACGUUUGCAGUUCUGUCUUUGGCCGCUGGUCAUGGGCUAUCGGCGGCGGUCGGCCCGACCGAAGACGAAGCAUCACAGCGAGUGCUCAGCAGCAGCAGCUCAUUCGAAUGCGAUGUCCCGCCGGCAGUCUCGCCUGAUUCUGACGGCCUGCCCUCGGCGGACGAGCUCUUCUCGGGCCCGGAGGCACUCCAGAAGCAGGUUGAGCGGCACGGGGCCCUGGUGCGGAUUCCGUCGAUCAGCUACGACGACAUGGCAGACGUGAACGAGGAUCCGCGCUGGGACGUAUUUCUGGACGUGCACCGGCUGCUGGAGGAACUGUAUCCGGCGGUACACGCGCGGAUGAACCGGACCAAGGUCAACCGGCUGGGGCUGGUGUACACGAUCGCGGGCAGUGAUCCAUCACUGCGGCCGGUGAUGCUGACGGCGCACCAAGACGUGGUGCCGGUGGCAGACGGGUCGACGUGGACGCACGCGCCCUUUUCGGGGCACUUUGACGGCACGAUGCUAUGGGGUCGGGGGGCAUACGACGACAAGAACAGCCUGACAGCGCUGAUGUCGGCGCUGGAGGCAUUGUUCCUGACCAAGACCGGCUGGACGCCACGACGUGGGCUCGUGCUGGCGCUGGGCUUCGACGAGGAGACGUCGGGACAGCGCGGCGCCGGCACGAUGGCGCCGUACCUCGAAAGACGCUUCGGACGCGACUCGAUGGCGCUGCUGCUGGACGAGGGCAGUGCUGGCUUGGAGCGGCUCGGCGACGUCGUGUUUGCGCUACCAUCGGUGCUCGAGAAGGGGCAUGUGGACGUGCUGUACGAGCUCCGGGUGGCGGGCGGACACUCGUCAAUGCCGUUUCCACACACGGGCAUCGGGAUCGCGGCCGAGAUGGUGGCGGCGUUGGAGCAGAACCCAUACGCGCCGGCCAUCCUGCCGGGCUCGCCGCUGCACCAGAGCUACUGCUGCAAGGCACGGUAUGCACCAGAGGCCAACCCUGAGAUCACGCGGCUCAUACGGCAAGACCGGCUCGACGAGCUCGCCACACUGCUCGCGGCCAUCGACCGGCCGACCAACUUCCGGCUGCAGACAUCACAGUCGGUCGAUCUCAUCGCGGGCGGCGUCAAGAUCAACGCGAUGCCCGAGGUGGUGCGGCUUGGGGUCAACUACCGGGUGGCCACACACGAGUCGAUCGACGCGGUCAAGCGCAAGACAGUGCAACUGAUGCGGCCGAUUGCGGAAAAGUACGGCCUCACGCUCGAGGCGUUCAAGGACAGCGGGUUCGGCGAGGCCGAGGACACUGUCGACUCGAACGUGGUGGUCCUUCUGGACGCGGUGAAACCCCUAUACCAAGUCGACUAUAACGGCACGUUGCGACUCACAACAGAUCAGGAGACCCAACCGGCUCCUGUCUCACCGACAACAGGUCCGGUCUGGGAUCUCUUUUCCGGCACGAUCCAGCACACGUUCGCCUUUGAGGGCGGCAAGGUGGUGCCAGCGGGCGACCUGAUGAACGGGAACACGGACACGCGGCAUUAUUUGAACCUCACACGCAACAUUUACCGAUGGCUGCCAAUGAUGGAAAACGCAGGCAUGAACCCGCACACAGUCGACGAGGGCAUCGACAUGCACGCCCACAUGGGGGUCAUCAGGUUCUAUUACAAUCUGAUCCGCAACUUUGAUGCAUCGGAUCCACCAGGCGUGAAUGCGCGUGUCGUCGGUGAGUUCGGGGUGGAAGCUCGUGCCAAAGAUAUUGUCCUGUUGGACAGCCACGAUGUCGCCAUUGACGCGGCCAAGCACACGAACCGGAUGGUGGCCAUGACCGGGAUCGAGCAGCUCGGACACGACGGGGGCGCGGAUGAAGACGGCGUGGAAGAGAUCCUUCAAAAAGGGCAGUUCGACGUCAGCCUCGAAGCUGUUGAUCUGGCGGCCAAAAUGGUUGCGGUGGACACAGACGUCGAGGCCGCCAAUAUGCUGCUGGCCGCCUUCUUUGGCUGCGUCGACCCGUUCGGCCAGGAGGAUGAGACCAGCACAGGUGCCCCAGGUGGGUUUUUUGGCGCCGACAAACUGGCGCAGCCCAUCCAUCAGGCCAGAGCGCGUGGCCACGAGCGCGAGCGUGGUGCUCUCGCCGCCUGGAAUGACGAGGCCGUCACAACGUCCCAAUUCGUCAACCGUGCGAACCUGCACAAAGUCAAACGAGCGCAAGGCCAGGCCAGGUGA